AUGAGUAAUAAUCCGAAACCGACAAAAAGGUCAUCAGAGCCUAAUACAUCGCGAGUUGCAAGAAGAAAACGACUAAAUAGUUCGGAAGUGGAAGAAUUUUUACGGGACUCAGACGAAAAUGUUUAUGCAGGGAGUGAUGUAGAUGAUUUAGACUACAUAGCCAACGAAGGUGAUGCAAGUUCAGAAUCUGCAGGAGACGAGGAGGAGGAGGAAAACGUGGAGGCUGUGUCUGAACAACGUUUCGAUGCCUCUAGUGAUCAGACUCCAUCGUCGCCACCGACUGACCUUCAGCAGCCAUCCAGAACAGCAUCUACGACACGUUGGACUACCGAUUCUAGUUCGAUGAGAGAUAUUUCUAUCACGAAGACAAAUGAACUGCUUGUGCCACAGCCGGACAGUCCAAGAGGGUAUGUUGAUUUAUUUCUUACUGAUGACUAUCUACAAAAAAUCGUCGAUUCCACUAAUAGAAAUGCAGAAAACAUAAGGAAUUCUACGCAGUUUCGCAGGUCUCGUAUUACGAAUUGGAAACCACUAACUAUAGAAGAAUUGAGAAUAUUUAUUGGUUUACUUUAUCACACUGGCACAGCGAAAAUGAAACGCUAG